AUGGAGGACUCGGGCAGGCAGAGUCCCUGGCAGCUGAGACCGCGAUCCUCCCGGAGAGCGGAGCCGCUCGUGCGCUUCCUGCUGCGCCGCGGAGCCUCGGUCAACAGCCGCAACCACUAUGGCUGGAGCGCGCUCAUGCAGGCGGCCAGGUUUGGGCAUGUGAGCGUGGCACACCUCCUCUUGGAUCACGGCGCUGACGUCAAUGCCCAGAACCGGCUGGGGGCCAGCGUGCUGACGGUGGCUGCUCGCGGUGGCCACCUGGGCGUGGUGAAACUGCUCCUGGAAGCUGGCGCUUUUGUGGACCCCUGCGGCGAGCAACUGAGGACAGGGGGUAGCAGGGACGAGCUGUUGGACAUCACAGCCCUGAUGGCCGCCAUCCAGCACGGGCAUGAGGCAGUGGUGCGGCUGCUGAUGGAGUGGGGCGCAGACCCCAACCACGUGGACCGGACCGUGGGCUGGAGCCCGCUGAUGCUGGCAGCGCUCGGUGGGAGGCUGGGCAUGGCCCAGCAGCUGGUGGAGAAAGGGGCCAGCCUGGACCACCUCAGCGUGCUGGAGAAGACUGCCUUCGAGGUUGCACUUGACCGCAAGCACAGGGACCUUGCAGACUACCUGGACCCGCUGACCACCGUCAGGCCCAAGACAGAUGAGGAGAAGAGGCGGCCUGAUAUUUUCCACGCAUUGAAAAUGGGAAACUGCCAGCUGGUCAAGGAGAUUGCCGAUGAAGACCCCAACCACGUCAACAUGGUCAACGGGGACGGGGCAACCCCCCUGAUGCUGGCCGCAGUCAUGGGGCAGCUGCCGCUGGUGCAGCUGCUGGUGGAGAGGCAUGCCGACGUGGAUAAGCAGGACAGCGUGCACGGCUGGACAGCCCUCAUGCAGGCCACCUACCACGGGAAUAAAGAAAUCGUCAAGUACCUGCUGGCCCAGGGGGCAGACGUGGCUCUCCGAGCCAAGAAUGGAUACACGGCCUUUGACCUGGUGAUGCUGCUCAAUGAUGCGGACACAGAACUCGUUCGGCUGCUGGCAUCUGUUUGCAUGCAGGUGAACAAGGACAGAGGCCGGCCCAGUCCCCAGCCAGCCCCGCCCCACCCGAAGGCCAGACAGCCCUGGAGCCUCCCAGUGCUGCCCGAUGACAAGGGAGGACUCAAGUCCUGGUGGAGCCGCAUGUCCAAUCGGUUCCGGAAGCUGAAGUUGAUGCAGACGCUGCCCCGGGGCCUGUCCAGCAACCAGCCUUUGCCUUUCUUGGAUGAGCCUGAGCCGGCACUGGACUCAACCAUGAGAGCGACUCCCCAGGACAAGACAGGCCACUCUGGGCUCCCCAGUGUGGGCCCCACCACCAAGGACCACGGUCCUGGGAGCCCAAGAGGAGGAAAGGAGGACGCCCUAUUGACCACCAUGCUUCGAAACGGAGCCCCCUUCACCAGACUCCCGAGCGACCAGCUGAAGGCAGUCAUCCCCCCUUUCCUGCCCCCGUCCAGUUUUGAGCUGUGGAGCUCCGAUCGGUCCCAGACGUGUCGCAACGGGAAGGCAGACCCCACAAAGACGGUGCUGCCCCACAGAGCCAGCAGGGGCCACGCCACGGGCGGAGGUGGGAGCUCAGACACGGCUUCCACCAGGCCGGUGAAGUUCCCAACCCUCUUGAGGAGCCCAGCGUCUCCCGCCAGUUCUGGAAACUUCAACCACUCGCCUCAUUCCUCUGGUGGCUCCAGUGGCGCCGGGGGUGCUAGCAGGCAUGGUGGGGAACUGCAUAGCCGCUCAGGCGGCAGCGUGGAUAGUGUCUUGUCCCAAAUCGCUGCCCAGAGGAAGAAGGCAGCCGGACUCUCGGAGCAGAAGCCCAGCCAGCCGUCCAGCCCUGUGGGGCCAGCGCCGGCGUCUAGCCCAUCAGAGCUUCCAGGCUCCCCGGGAGGGGCCAGCAUGUCCGGCAGCAAGAAGCCAGAGACAAGCCAGAGGCCGCGGUCGGGUGCGUCAGCCACCUCCAAAAGCACCUCCCCCACCCUGACCCCCUCCCCUUCACCCAAAGGCCACACCGCCGAGUCCUCUGUGUCCUCGUCCUCCUCCCACCGGCAGUCCAAGAGCAGCGGAGGCUCGAGCAGCGGCACCAUCACGGACGAGGAUGAGCUGACUGGAAUCCUUAAGAAAUUAUCCCUUGAGAAAUACCAGCCCAUUUUUGAGGAGCAAGAGGUGGACAUGGAAGCCUUCCUCACGCUCACCGACGGCGACUUGAAGGAGCUGGGCAUCAAGACGGAUGGGUCCCGGCAGCAGAUUCUGGCAGCGAUUUCGGAACUGAACGCAGGCAAGGGACGGGAGAGGCUGAUCUUACAGGAAACCAUUCACAACUUCCACUCUUCCUUCGAGAGCAGCGCCAGCAACACCAGGACACCUGGAAACCACCCCUGCACGUGAUCCUCCCUCCUCCCCAGGGGAGGGAGCCAGCCUGCCGGACAGAGGCCUCCCUUCUCAGCCGCCUCCCUAGCUCUGCUGGAGAGUCUGCCCGGCCUUGGAGAGGGCUCAUCCCAGCAGCGCCUGCAGGUCUUGGUUCUCUGGUGCCGCUGUGACAGCUGUCCCACCAGUGGUGGCCCUAAGGAACAGGCAGUGCUUUUCCCUCCGUCGAAACCCCACCGCCUUUGAGUGGAUCUCAAGGCUGUAAACCUCCUCUCUAGCGGACAACUUCAUCUUUUCCCCCAGAGCGGCUGGGUGCUUUGAACCGCAGA